UAAUUGGCUCACAACCGCUCUCAUGAAUUUCAUUAAUGCAUUCCCAACCAACUUCUUCUAUAAGUUCCCCUUUUCAAACUCAACUUCACAAAAACUUAACACUCAAAAAUGGCAGACAACGGCACUACUAAGCUGAUUAACAUCGCAGGCAAGACCCUCGUCAAGCCGAACAAAAAACUCGGAGAAAGAAAAGAAUGUCAGCUGGUCACCUUUGAUCUUCCAUAUCUGGCAUUUUACUACAACCAGAAGCUGUUACUGUACAAAGGGAGUGGCGAACAUGAGUUCGAUGAGAUGGUUGCGAAGCUUAAAGAUGGGCUGGGAGUUGUUCUGCAGGAUUUUCAUCAGCUGGCUGGGAAGCUUGGGAAGGAUGAGGAUGGGGUUUUUAGAGUUGAGUAUGAUGAUGAUAUGGACGGUGUGGAGGUGAUUGAAGCUGUGGCUGAUGGGAUCAGUGUGGAUGAUCUGACUGGUGAGGAAGGGACUAGCUCUUUCAAGGAUUUGAUCCCUUAUAAUGGGGUGUUGAACUUGGAAGGUCUUCAUAAGCCUUUGUUGGCUGUGCAGCUAACCAAGCUCAAAGACGGACUCUCGAUGGGGUGCGCGUUCAAUCACGCGAUCUUAGACGGUACUUCCACGUGGCAUUUCAUGAGCUCAUGGGCUGAGAUUUGCAGGGGCUCCAGUUCAAUCUCCGUUCCGCCAUUCCUCGAGCGCACCAAAGCGCGUGACACGCGUGUCAAGCUAGAUCUCACUCUACCACCGGACCCACUCAGUGCAACAUCCAACGGCGAUGCUCAUCCGGUCCCACAACUUAGAGAAAAAGUCUUUAAAUUCUCUGAAUCCGCCAUCGCUCAGAUCAAGUCAAAAGUCAACGCCAAUCCUCCAUCGGACGGUUCAAAGCCCUUCUCAACUUUUCAGUCACUAGCAGUUCAUAUCUGGCGCCAUGUAACCCAUGCACGUGAACUCAAACCUGAAGACUUCACGGUUUUCACGGUCUUCGCCGACUGCCGGAAAAGAGUGGACCCACCAAUGCCUGAAAGCUACUUCGGAAACCUAAUUCAGGCCAUAUUCACGGCGACAGCUGCCGGGUUACUUACAGCAAACCCACCGGAAUUCGGGGCGGCUGUAAUACAAAAGGCAAUAGAAGCACAUAAUGCUAAAGCCAUUGAUGAACGUAACAAAGAAUGGGAAAGUGCACCAAAGAUAUUUCAGUUCAAGGACGCCGGAGUGAACUGUGUGGCGGUGGGUAGCUCGCCGAGAUUUCCGGUUUAUUCGGUGGAUUUCGGGUGGGGGAAACCGGAGAGUGUGAGGAGUGGAUGCAAUAAUAGAUUUGAUGGGAUGGUGUAUCUGUAUCAAGGGAAAGGCGGUGGUAAGGGCAUUGAUGUUGAAAUAAGUUUGGAAGGUGGUGUUAUGGAGAAGUUGGAGAAGGAUAAGGAGUUUCUUUUGGAGAAUUAGAGUAAGAAAUUUACAUUUUAGUACUGGAUUUGGGAGCUAUUGAAGGAGUUUGUGGUUUUAUUUGUUGAGUUUUUUUUUAUUAUUUGAGUUUGUUUGCUGCUUUUGUUGAUGGUUAGUCUCCAACUAGUUCGAUUCUGUUUCAUUAAUAUGAAAUUAGAUAUUUUAAUAACUA